AUGAUCAACUGUAUCUAUGGGAAUGCCGGUACUCAAACCAUGAGAACAGUAGAGCCAAAUGCUCCACAGCUCACACUAAGUGGAUGCAAUGCUUUGGCUCAAAGUUUAUUCCAACUGAUCUGUGGGAACUUGCAUGCAACUAGAAACCAAAAGAUUGCAGUUGUUGAGGGUCUUUAUUUUCUUUUCCGAAAGUUGUUACCAGGUCUUAAUGAAAGAUCAGGCCCAAAGGUCAUUGAAGAUGGUGAUGUUUUUGAAUAUACAAAUAUCUGCUGGGCUUACUUGAUUGCUCAAGGACAGAAUGAGAAUAAUGAUCUGGAGAACUAUGCUACAGUAUCCUUGAACGCUUAUUCUGGCCAGCGGCUGUCUGAGCCAGUGAGAGUACCAGGGACACCAGAAAUAUUUGAUCGGUCAUACAUACUGGAAAAAAUCACUGAUGGUGUAAAAAUUCCAAACUGUGAUGAGGUGAAUCUACUGGAGUCAUCGAUUCAAAGAGCUACAGAUAUAGAGAAAAUUUUGCUUAGUCUUCCAGCAUCAUUUGAUAGGUUUCCAUUAUGGAUCUCUUAUAACAGCACCCCACAAGGUUGCAACUUUCAGAUUGAACAGAAGAAAACAUUUUCAGACAUGUUUGAGGAUGUCAAAGAGUACAGUCACUUGAUUGUCACACCACCCCUGCAACUGGCAAAUAUGGGAAUAGAGGGACCUCUGCUGGUGUAUCUCAGUGAAGAUAAUCUAGGUGUUUACUUGAACAAAAACAAGGCAGACCGGUAUGAGAUUAAGGUUUUCGACUGUCUUUCUGGAAAAGAGACCACAAAAAAUGUGAAUGAUCUGGUUAGAAUACUCAAUGAUACCAGAACUGACAACAUUGUUGAAGUCAGUAAAACCCCUAAAGAGGCAGUUGUGGUGCUCUUUGAUUCAAGUUCUUCAAUGAUGGAAGGAUGUUAUGACACCGCAAGUCAAAUGAAGCGCAUUGAUGCUGUCAAGCAAAUCUUUGACAGCUUUGCAAACCGAAGCAUGUCGUAUGAUUUUCAACAUGUCAUCUGCCUUGUGAUGUUUAACGACAAAGUGAAAACUGUUCUUAAAUUCACAGAAAAUUUGGAAACCUUCAAGGAAGACUUGACCGAAAUUUUUGCUACCCAUGGCUACGAUGAAAGACCAGAAAUUAAGCUUCCUGCUCAAAUCACCGAAAAAGUGGCCAGGACAGAGAAGUAUUAUUGA